UUCAUUGACAAAGCGGUGCCUCCCAAUCCUAUUGACCUCACAUGAACGAUCUGCCCAACUACGCAGGAAAUUCAGCACCAUCAACGACAAUAACGAAACCGACGUUGAUUAUACGAAAAACAAUAUCGCAUUGAUAACACGAUCUUAAUGACCUACAUGAAAUAAGAGCACAGGUCGAUUUAACGCUGCCGUCGGCGGUGUAGGUCCGUUUUUGCGACAAUCGUUCUCGGUCCACCUUCUCCUUCAUUCCCUCUCACCUUUCUUCGAGCCUCGAGAAUCCGAUCGAAAAUAGGUUCCUUUUAUCCUCGACACUCGCUCGAUACUCUGUACAAUUAUUACUCCGCAUUCUUUCUUUCUCAAUAAACUCGAGGCGCAUUUUGAUACCCUUAUACAGUCUUUUCGAUAAGAAUAAACUUUUCGCUACGGCCGAAGCCGCAACAAUCAAUCCUUCUACCACCACAUUCACCUUUUUUCUUUUCUACAACAACCUCGAUUACUUUAAUAUUCAAACUUAUUACCGAAAUGCCUUCUGAUCUCCCACAAACACCACAAAGUCCUUCCAAUACCCCAGGCUCUACCGAUAUUUUGUCAAAGAACGUAGUUUCUCCACGAAUCAAUACUUCACUUCCGACACCAGCCCACAGCAUCAACGGCAGCAUGUCAACCGUCAAUUCCGCCAUCGAGGCAUCUCAAUCAAUGGAUCCUUCGACCAAGCGCAAGAGAGAUUUUGAAGAUCUUGGUGAUCAAAAGCAGAAGAAAGUUCAUGUCGAGGAGAGCAGACCUAGUAUUGACGAUCUCCAUCAGGAUGUCGGUAAAAAGUACCUUCUCUGCAGAACUCUUCAUAAGAAUCAAAAUUUAAACGUACAACAAGAUUUAUACGAUCGAUUCGGUUUGAACGGAAUUGCCGCCAGUCUUGCUCGUGUCACAGCAGAUGGGAAGAAGAACACAGUUCGAAAAACCUACAAAGGAUACAUAAAAUCCUUGGGUAUUGCUGGGCAGUUCGAUGCAGUCAAAGGUCCAGAACCUAAUCAGCCUGGAUCACUCACUUCAUUAAUUGAUGCCUACGGACCUCUUGGGCCCAGGGAAGCAUGGAAUCAAUCUUAUGUACAAGGAAAAGAAAUCAGUAGAGGAAUAGAGGAUCUACUGCCUCAAAUCAAGACGGCUUUAAUUAUGGCCAAAGGCCCUGUUCCAAAAGAACGUUGGAAUCAUUCUGUUCUUGGUGAAAUCAGUUCCCAAAUUGCCAACGAUCCCUUAAAGGCUGUUCCUGCGAAGGCAAAGGCUCCAAUGCCGAUGGCGCAAGGCACGAUGGGUGUGCCAAAGCAAAAUAGAGGCGCGGCAGAUAUCGCACGUCCAAAAAGAACCGCAAAGAAGCGCUCAUACGGUGAUUCAAGUUUUGAAGGCUAUGGCGAGGGUUACGUUGAUGAUGAUGGUGGAUAUUCCACCGGCGAUGGCGAUGACAGAGCCGGUGGUCGAAAGCGACCAAAGAAGACUCCAACAUCUCACGGUUUCCAAGGACCCAUGCGUCAAAGUUACGGACCUGGAAUGGUUGGUGCUUGAACUUGACGAGAGAGAUUGUCUUGACUCCAACCUUAUUGACCUUAACAAAAAAUAUUGGGCGUGUUUUUUGGCUCGUUGACUCGUUGCUUGUGGAUUUACACGCUUCUAUAUACUGCCAAUAUUGCUGAUCCUUCCCUAUAAGAGGUCGAAUGAUCAAACUGCUCUCGAGAAUGAGCUCCCAGAACAUAACGUUGGUUUAAAAAUAUAGCUUACAGAACAAGCUAUAAACCUUCCGGUCUGUGUAUGAUAGAGAACGGCGGUGCUUUUCUUACGAGAAGCCUUCAUUUGAUGAUAGCACACUUUUUGGGGACAUUUUGCCUCGAAGGGCUCUUGAUGACUACUGGACUGGGAAAAACUGGUAAUAGCAAAUGUAUGCAUGGCAUGGAUAGUAUUGGGCAUCACGUAUUUACGGACCCAACCAGCAAAAUAAUGAAAAAAUGAUCAAAAAUUGUUUGCUCGA